AUGCAGUAUCUCAAUUUGUUUAAUCAAAUUGUACUAAUAAGUAUUAAUCUACCAAACCAUCCAGAUUCAAACGACAGACAAGAAGCUACUGAUACUUUAAACACAAACGAACCACAUCCCAUACCAGAUGAAGAAUUUAACGAUGGAGUUACACCUGAUGCUGAUACCACAAAUACGAACAAAUCAUGGUUUAAAAAAUUACAAUUAUGGUUCAAAAAAAAAACAAGUAGGGAAAAACUUACUUUCUUAUUAUCGAACGAAAAAUACAAGAAUAAUGAGCAAAUUAGAGACAUUGAAAUGCAAUUUCUGGAACAUUCCAAGCUAUACAGAAAGCUCCAGAUUGGUCGUAUUAUUGCUUUAAUCAUUAUCACAAUCGGCAUUUUAUUAGAUGCAAUUUCUGGUUACUAUUUUUAUUUAGGGAUAUGUUCUAAGUAG